AACGAUUUGGACUAUUUAAACCGUAGCGGGUAACUUAAAUGUUUCAUUUAGCUACGAAAUUUCCUUCACUCGUAUCUACCAGUAUCAAUCACAGAUUAUCAGCUGUAUUCUCCUCAAAAGUUGACUCAUUGUAUAGUGUUUUCGGGCUCUCAAGCAAUGCGACUCACCAAGAUAUCAAAGAAGCCUUCUAUCGACUGUCAAAAAUAUACCAUCCUGAUGUGACUGAUGAUCCUAACUCUAGAGAAAAGUUUCAUGAGUUGACAAAAGCUUAUGAAAUCCUUGGAAAUCCUGUUAAACGGAGUGAAUAUGACCGUGGCCUAAUUCAUACGAUAGGCAGCGGUGUGCAUCACUUCUCUAAGGACGGUUACACAAUUGACUCUGUAAAAGACAGAAGCACAGACAGUUUUAAAUCAUUCUAUGUAAAACAACACAACCGAACGUUAAAUGAGUUCUGGGCGAAGCAUUCUGAUCGUGAAUCUAUGAUGUCCGCCACUGAAUUGAGGAAUGAUCAUAAAGGAGUUUUGGGAGUACUAUUAAUGACGGUGCUGUAUACCACUUUAGUGAGUUAUUUCUAUGCAAAAUAUUACGAGGAACCCAUUGAAUUCAUCCGGCCUUCACAAGAUUAAUUGUGACAGUUUUCACUUUGAGUAAACAGAACUCAUAGCUAAUACUGUACUUUAAAUUGUUUAUUUAUCAGGUACAUAGUUGUUCUGCUUUAGUGUGAAUUUAGACACUUUAGAUAUGUUUUGUGGUUAUUACGCCUUCUAUUCUCAGUAAAAACUAACGGAUUUAUUGUUGGUGAGUCACUUGGUCUUAUACAGACUUUAGGUCGCUUGUAGGGUUAAACUAAACUUCAUGGGCAAACCAAUUAGAUUUAAUGUAGUAUCUCUAGGACCUUUUGCGUAGAAUCCAUUCAUAUGACUACAAAGUAUUCUCGCGUUAUAGCUGAUGUCAGUUCGUAAUGAAAACCAUGGUUCUAGUAUCUUACCUUAAAUUCUAGUCUCACUUUCUAACACUGAUUAAGAACUCUGUUUUGAACAUUAUGACUAGUUAGAUUAUCGUAAGAUUAAGAUCUGUUUAUUGAGGAUAGAAGGUCGGCGAAAUCAUUUCUUCAGGUAUUAGAUUUCAAGAGUUGAUGACUCGUGAAGAUCUGUAUACCGCAGCUAUUUUGUUCGUUCUUGACAUGGAGGUCGGUCCUGUUUGUUGUGACUCGACCGAGUUAUAUUGGUUGGAAGGCGUUUCUUUAGGUCCAAUCACACCAGGCAGAUUGGUUGGAGAACGGUAAGACUGAAAGCACUGAUUGAAUGCCCAAGAGUAGAAUCAUUACAGCAGUGUGUUUCCCUGGGACAACUGACCCCCAAAUGCCCUGGUACGGCCGAGGGUGGGGAGUCCGCUCUCCCUCUCGAAAUGCUCUUACAUGGUCACUCAUAUACAACCCCUGCCAGGAAAGUUCUACUCACUGCCUUCUCGCGGUGCAGGUGUUGUUUACGCGAUUGAGAGGACGAAAAGCGAAUAUCUGGCUGUUUAACCGGAUUGAUGAACACGGAAGACCUACCUGGGGAGUUGGUUGGAAAACCCUGGUUUCAAACCAAUGGUGCACAUGGGCUCCAGGAUCCUGAAGAACCAAAUGGCAUAUAAACCUAUUAUUGGUCACCGGCUGUCAUGAGACUGCAUCUCCUUACGUUGCUCCACUGUCUUAUAGGUUGGACCUUUAGGUCUAAGACUCCGGGUGUGGUCCCCCAAGAGAACCACCUACUUCGCAGACUAACGCAGAUCGGAUAACAGAUAGGGCUGGCUGUGUCUUUAGAAAGUUUUAAUAUCGACGUCCAUUGUCUAUCCGAGACCCGUAUUCAGUGUUAGUGAGGUACAACGCAUUCGCUCUCCAUCUAUCGCCUCGAAAAGCUUGUUUUAUGUGCGUUUAUCCGGGGACCCUUUGGCAUCUUCGUCUGGUUUUACUGGCGUUAUUGUCGCACUAAUUUCUAGAGCUGGGGCAUUACUGAUUGAUUGGAUCCCCAUGAACAGUCGGUUAUGUGAUGUUAGGUUAGAAAGUUCGAUCAAAGUAAGAAGAAAUCGAUGUGAGGAACGAUGUAUUUUCGUCAUCGCCUAUGUUUCGACGGAUUGCAGCCCAGAUGCAAUCAAGAAUGAGUUUUAUUACCAGUUAACAGUUCUACAGAAAGUACGUUCGAUAGAUAUCCGGAGAUCUGAAUACUUAGGUCGGGCGUCUAGGCACAGUAAAGAGUCGUUUAAGUGGCCAAUGGGGACUUGCUGGUCACAGGUCAGAUAACGGUGACCGUCUACUGUGACUGUGCGCAGACUACAACUUGUUUCUACUAACACAGUCAUCGCCGAUGUGCUACCUGGCGUCCUUCCCCUGCAUUUUGAACCUGGACUCAGGUUGAUCACAUCGCGAUCAGCCACCGUUAGCGUGAUUGUGCACAAGACUGUCUCUCCUUUUGGAGUACCUACCUGAACUCAGAUCAUGUUCUGUUUGCGCUAAACUUACCUUACUUUUCAGUGGCCGGCAAAUUCGUCGUUGUCAAAGGAUCAGUAUCUGCAAAUUGGUUGCAGCUUCUGUUACAACUAAAAAUCAAACCGAGCUAGGUUCAGGACUAGCUACCAUCCCACCGAAAAGUAUAGAUGAGCAUUGGUUGCAGACAACUAUUUGUACGAAAUUGCUAUUUAGUUAAAUGCAAUACUCAAAGUUUCUAUGAACGGAUCAGGUGUCAAUCGGUAUUGAAACACUGGUUUCAUUUGAAUUAGUUUUGAAAAAUAGUCAGACAUUUUAUUACACUAGACAACUGACGGGUGUAGGCAUAGCACGAGGGUAGAAAAAGCACUAUUAGAGUGGAUCCCCGUUAACAGUCGUCUAUGUGCUGUUUGGAUAAACGGCUUCGUAAGAAUUCGGAAGGAUAGGGACACAUGUCGUUGCCUUUUCAUCGUUUCUGCCUACGCUUCCACUGACUGCAACAUGGAUGAAGUGAAAAGUGACUUUUGCAGAAAGCUCUCUGAACUUCAUAAAGCUAAGCGCUCAGACAUAGUACUUGUAGCGGGUGACUCGAAUUUCCAAGUAGGUAGCUUAAACCAAACAGAAAAACUCUUAGGUGGGUGUUUUAGUAUCUCAGCACAGCGAACAGAUAAUGGUGAUCAUCUGCUGCAGUUGUGCUCAGACAACCGUUAAUUUUUCAGCAAGCACUAAUUUUAAGCAUAAGGAGAGACAUCGUCUAACAUGGCGACCACCUACAUCAAAUCAACGAUGGAUUCAAAGAGACUAUGUUGCCAUCAGUCAUCGUUGGAGAGGGUCGAUAGGAAACUGUCGCUUGUUCUGGAAUACCUGUUUGGACUCCGGUCAUGCUCUAAUACGGGCACGCAUCUGCAUGCACCUCACUGGAUGCAGAAGAAGACUCAUAAGGAUUGAAUUGAGUAAUGAGUAAACCAAAAGUUGGUUCCUGCAACAACUGAGGUCACAUUUAGGUAGUUCUGAAAACGAGGCUGACCCAGAUGAUGCUUGGAAAGAACAGCUGUGCAACAAGCAGCGACAUCUAUUAAUGAUUUAAACCAAACAGUCACAAAAAACCAAAGGACUUUUAAGUCUAUUGCACUGAUGGAUUCCCGUAAACUCAUCCCAUCAGGCUCUGAACACGAUGAAGAGCG